AUGUUAGAUCAAAAAAGAUCGAGGUUGAUCAUCGAAAACCCUAUCGGCAAUGGCCUAAACGGCUUUCGCACUACGUUCACCUCGACCUAUAAAGGCGCGGACUUGCACUUAGUCCUUCCCGCCGCUCGUCUUCUGCCGUCUAAUUUAGGAGGAAUCGUUCGAGGUGACCUACAUCGACUUAUAUCCGUCGUUGCGUUAAAUAAUUUCGAUCUCGAACGAAUCAAACCGCUGCUUAAAAUAUCUCUUCUAGAUGUAAUAUGGAAUCUUGUGGACGUUGCCGUAGAGGAAACUACGCCGCCCCCUCGACCGAUUGCCUCCUCCCUCCAACAAACUCUAUGGCUUUAUAAGACGAGUAGCUUCGCGAACUCCUCGGAAUACCGCCAAGAUGUCGAUAGGGUCCUUAAGUCCGAGCUUGGGCUCUUGCAUUUUCGAUCAAUAUUUUUUGGCGCUAUUAGUGGUCUUCAAAUAGGAUCCGAAGCUAUAUUUCAAAGAUGUAAAGAGGGCAGCGAUCCGCUUUUUGUUAAUAGGUGGAAAGGAUGGCCAAACGACGCAAACCAGGAAAAGGUUUUGAAUUGGUUUGUAGAUCUAAGCGAGAAACUAGCAAUAAUCUUGGCAGACUACAACCCUAUAAUAGCACACCUAUAG